UGUUUGAGCUAUUAUUUGAAAUUUCAUUAUUUACUUUGAUUAGAUAUCAAAUUUCUCGUUUUUAAAUCAUCACUUUGUGAGUGGUGACCCAAGAGGAAGGAUCCACUCAGGAUGGAUCACAUCGGAAAAAUAGAACGCAAGCUUCACCCCAAAGAAAAAGCCAAUGUUCUAUCAAAGCUUUCAUUUUUCUACACGGUGACGUUGUUCCGAAAAGGCCACAAACAGGACUUGGAAGAAGACGAUUUGUACGAAGUCUUGUCUGAUUAUAGAUCGAAGGAACUUGGAGACCAACUGGAAGCAGAAUGGGAAAAAGAGAAAAAGCGAGGCAAAGGCAUUUCGAUUUUUCGAGUACUGUGGUCUUGCUACGGGUGGGAGUACUUUCUCUUGGGUCUGAUUCAGCUCAUUAUCAAAACAACAAUGAUAAUUUUGCAACCUCAAGCCUUGUCAAAGUUGAUUUCGUACUUCGACCACAAGCAGACCCACCUGACCAAAAAAGACGCCUAUUUUUACGCAGGUCUCCUAAUCGGGGUGAACCUAAUCAACUGCAUCUACGUCCAUAAUUACCACCUAGCUGUAACAGGACUGGGUAUCCGAAUUCGUACAGCCUUCUGUUCUUUUAUUUACAGAAAAGCACUAAAGUUGAGCCCCACUCGACUCAGUGACAUUUCCAUCGGGAAAAUCGUCACUUUGAUCACCAAAGAUGUCCACUCCUUCGAGAGUUUUAUCCACUUUGCUAACGACAUCUGGAUCGGGGUUGUCAAAUCGGCGGUUAUUUUCUAUAUCAUUUAUAACAAAAUCGGGGUUUCUGCGUUCGCUGGAAUGGGUUUCUUCAUUCUUAUGUUACCUCUGCAAGCCUUCAUGGGGAAAAUGGCAGCUGGGCUUCGCAUGAAAAUGUGCAAAAAAACAGACGAUAGGUUACAACUUACCCAGGAGACGUUGUCUGCAGUCAAAAUCAUCAAAAUCUACACUUGGGAGAAGUUCUUCAACAAGAAAAUUGCUGAAGCUAGAAGAAAGGAAAUCAAAACCAUGCACACCAUCUUCGCUCUCAAAUUCAUCGUCCUCCAAAUCGGCAACCUGAGCGGCAAAAUGGCCUUCUACCUCCUCAUUAUGACCUACACCUGGAUUGGCAACCACAUAACCGCCGAAAUCGUCUACUUCGUCGAAAGUUGUCUCCAAAUCGUCACUCACACAAUGAGCAUCCUCUUCCCUCUUGGUAUAACCCAAAGUGCUGAAUUGACAGCCGCCAUGAAACGAAUCGGCAACGUUUUGAAAGCUUUGGAAAUAAAAGGAGAGUCAGUGGAGCCAAACCCGACCCUCAAACCAAAAAUAACCCUAAAAGAUGCCACUGUAACGUUCAAAGAAAAAGAAAUUCUUCAUUCCGUUAGUCUGACAAUGGAUGUCGGUCUCACCCUCAUCACCGGACCUGUCGGCUGCGGCAAGAGUUUCCUCCUCAAAACUAUCCUCCAAGAUUACGAACCAACCACCGGAGGUGUCGUAACCAAAGGACGAAUUUCGUACGCGUCGCAGGAACCGUGGCUGUUUCCGUCGUCGAUCAAACAGAAUAUUCUAUUUGGGCAACAGUACGACGAACUUAGAUACAAAGAGGUACUUAAGGUUUGUGCCUUAGUGUACGAUUUAGAGCUGCUAUCAGCUGGUGACAGCACCAUCGUGGAAGACCGCGGUAUCAACUUAAGCAAAGGCCAACAAGCCAGAAUUAAUCUCGCUAGAGCCGUCUACAAAGAAAGCGACAUCUACCUUCUAGACGAUUGUCUAUCAGCUUUGGAUGCCCACGUCAGCGACUUUAUCUUCAAAGAGUGCAUAAUCAAGUUCCUCCGAAACAAACUGGUGGUUUUGGUGAGUCAUAACGUCAACCAUGUCAAAGAUGUAGACAAUGUGGUCAUCAUGCACAACGGUUCCAUUUCGUCGUGCGUCAAAUCGUCUGAAAUUUCUGAAAAAGAAAUACUCGAGGACAUAAUCGACGACGCUGAAGCCAAAAAGCCGGUCGAUGCUUUGAAUGAAGAAGACGACGAUGAUGACGAAAACACCAAACUAGUUACUGAAACCACCAAAGAAAGGAAAGUUUACCAAGAAGUGAAACAGAAAGGGGAAGUGGCUUUUGGGGUUUAUUUCAAGUAUAUGAAGUUCGGGGGAGGUUUCUUGGUGUUUCUUUUAUUGGUUGGAAUUUUUGCAGUGUCGCAGUUUGUACACAGUUAUGCAGAUAAAUUAGUUAGUAGAUGGGUAAACCUGGAGCAAAAAGUGUCCGACUUCAGUUUCAACAAUAUUACGAAUCUGACUGAAGAACAACAAUUGAAGAUUGAAAGUUCGAGAGAUUAUUUACAACAUCUUUACACUGGAAUGAUUGUGUUGACUGUGGCUUUCGAACUAGGGAGCAUCAUGUCGCUGUUUGCCGUAGCAAGACGAGCGUCCAUCAAGUUGCACAAGUACAUGAUCGACCACAUUGUUAACGCCACAAUGCAGUUCUUCGACACCAACUUCAUCGGUAACAUUUUGAACCGGUUUUCUAAAGAUUUGAGUGCCAUUGAUGAGCAUCUACCUUUCGUCAUAUUCCAAGUUUUCAAGGCCUUUUUUGUCAUUCUUGGCGUGAUCGUUUUGAUAACCACAGUCAGUACGUCGUUCCUACUUCCAACAGCCAUAUUCUUCGUAAUUUUGGCGUUCAUUCGCAACUACUAUCUUCCGACAGGACGUAGUCUGAAACGACUGGAUGCUGCAACGCGCAGUCCUGUCGUUGGUCACUUGAACGCAACCCUUGAAGGUCUUACAACAAUCAGAGCUUUCAAAGCCGAAAGUAUCUUACGAGAUGAGUUCGACAGGCACCAAAAUCUGUACACUUCGGCGUCUUAUAUUUCUCAGUGUAGCUUACGAGCGUUCGCCUAUUGUUUAGACACCUUGAACACGGUCUUCAUCGCAAUCGUGAUUCUUAGAUUCAUCGUAUUUGAUGAUGUACCUCUGGCUGGAAGCGUGGGUCUCGCCAUCACUCAAGCUUUCAGAAUGACCGGGAUCGUCCAAUGGGCUAUACGUCAAUGGGCUGAAAUUGAAAACUCGAUGACUUCCGUUGAACGAGUCCUGGAAUAUACAGGAGUCGAACAAGAGAACAAUCAAGGGCAAGCUACAGACAACUGGCCCACCAAAGGCGAAGUCAAAUAUUCGAACGUCUACCUCUCCUACAACAACUCAGACGAGUACGUACUGAAAAACAUCAACUUUACAGCACACCCUCAAGAAAAAAUCGGGAUUGUUGGAAGAACCGGUGCCGGAAAAUCGUCAAUUCUUUCCACGCUUUUCCGGCUAUAUGAAGUGAAAGGAAGUAUCACGAUUGAUGGAGUUGACACUAAAACGCUUUCGUUGGACUUCUUGAGAAAGCACAUAUCUAUUAUCCCUCAGGACCCAGUUCUCUUCACGGGGACGAUUCGUGAUAACAUCGACCCUGAAGGACAGUACCCCGACGACCAAAUUUGGAGAGCUGUAGAAACCGCGAACUUGAUAAAACUAGUACCUAGUCUGGAUUACGAGAUUACCGAAAACGGGUCCAAUUUCAGUGUGGGACAACGACAGCUGAUUUGUUUAGCCAGAGCUGUUGUACGCAACAACAAGAUUAUCGUUUUGGACGAGGCUACAGCCAACAUGGACCCUGAGACUGAUGCUUUGAUACACGAGACCAUCCACAGGAAUUUCGCUGCGUGUACGGUCUUCACCAUAGCUCAUAAGUUACAUUCUAUUAUAGAUUCAGAUACAGUGAUUGUGAUGGAUAAGGGACAGAUUGUUGAGUAUGACGACCCGAUUAGCUUGUUGCAAAACAAGGAAGGGUUGUUCUACAAAAUGGUGAAGAAGUCGGGGUUGUUGCCACCCGCUUUUGCCUAAACAUUGUAAAAACUUAAGGUAAUCGAGGUAACAAAUUGUUUGUUUGUAUCUAUAUUACUAUGACUUUGUGUUGUAUCUGUCUAGGGUGCAAUUAACUCGUGUGACUGUACUAAGAAAUCAAAAUACUGUUUUAUGUUAUUUUUGAUAGUACCUAUGUUGUUAUUGUUUUUGAAUAAAAACGUAAAAUGAU